AUGACCAUUGCGAGAUCAUGGAGUUCCCAGGCAUUAUUGCUGUGCCUAUUACUACUGAUGGACGUGUCGUUUUGUCUUCCAUCAUCCGUGGAUGGCUCUAGUCUAUUCCGUCCUCCGAUACCAUAUGAUUGUGAGCCUUGUCUGGAUCGAACCGAUGCUACCCUCGUGGCAUUUUUGCCAGAAUCCCCUACCUUUAGUACCACUACCAGUAGCACUGGUAGCAAUACUGAAGCCAGUCAACAAAUGGCUUAUGCCAUGGAGGAAGUGGCUCGAUCUAUGAAUGUCCAACUGCAGGUAGAGAUCUUUCCAGAAGAAUCACUCAUGGUCCAAGCCAUACUAGAUUUGGCACAAGAACACUCACGGCAGCAAGCAAGCAGUACUGGUAGCAGUGGGAAGAGAAUCAGUGCCUUGAUGAUCAGUAUCCCCACUCCCACAAUCUACCAAGCCGUAAUACAGGCACUGGAAAUCACAGACCAGAAAUUGCCCAUUUUGGGACUCCAUAUGGGACAUCAGUACUUUGAUAUAUCACCUUCACCACCAACAAGCAGUCUCCUCAAUUUUGUGGGAAUGGAUGAACUGCAGUCUGGAAAAGCCACCGGCAAUCGCAUCAAGUCGCAAUAUUGGAAAAAGGAUACCAAUACCACUGUCCGAAGAGUUCUCUACGUCAUUCCAUCUUGGGCGGAUGCCAACAACAACAGUCUUUCCCAUCAAAUUCAACAACGAUUGCAGGGACUGAAAACCUCUUUUGCAGCUCAUGUCUCCAAUGUCACACUCGAUACCAUUGUAGUAUCCAGUAUCAGUGACACGACUAUAGAUAGCUGCUCGUAUGAUGCCAUUGUACUCGCCGACAAGUCACUCCUUUCCAGUGCCAUUCCAACUCUUACCAAUGACAACUGCCAACAAGUAUUGUCCACCUUUGGCACCAACACACAAGUCUACAAUGCCAUUUCCAGUUCUCAGAUAGAAUUCACCAUUGGAUCUGAUUACUAUCUCAUGGCAUCCCUCACUGCCACAUUGGCUGGACUCUACGCCACCACGGGAACCACACUCCUGCCACCCACUGGCACAAAUAAAAAGUACUACACGGUCGCACCCCGCAUCCUUCACGUCAACAAUCUGCAACAGGAUGCCAUUCGAGCAUGUGAAGCCAUCGGAUUUCCCUCGUGUCAAAAUACAGAGAAUGACGACGUUGUAUUGAACGCUGGCUGUGUCUGCCACGAUCGCUCGGUGAUUCGCAUUGCCGCCGUUUAUCAAAACAAUCCCGUCUUUCAAUUGCCCAUUGCUGCUGCACGACAAGCGGGACGCGAUCUGGGAAUUACACUAUUGUUGGAUCCACUCGAUUUGCGAGGAACACGAGAGGAAAAGGAUUUCGCCUAUGCCGAAAAGAUUCGUGCCCUCUGUCAAGAUCACGUCGAUGGAAUCAUUACCACCAUACGAGACGAGUCGAUUGCCGAAGCCGUGGCAUUUUGUCAAUCCUUGAACAUCCCCGUCGUGGCGCUUACUCCCGUCAUUCCGGCCGCCAAGGAUAUAUUGACGGGCACUAUUCCAGUAAUGGGACUGGAUGACUUUCAUGCCGGAUAUACCAUGGGACAAGUAUUGUUGGAACGGGGGGUCCGGUAUGGAGUUUGUAUGAAUUGGAAAAAUGCAGUCCAGUUACAGCCACUCUGUGAUGCAUUCGAAUUGGCCAUGAUCGAGGGUGGGGGUACCUAUCUGGGGGUCAUUCAUGGCAAAGCCGACAAUCGCAUCCUCAAUCGUGAUAUCAUUGAACAGUUUAUUCAGCCCAAAUUGAAUGAUACUACGAGAAGUACCAGUGGCACGACCAACAACAUGACUCGUUGGGAGCAUGUGGGCAUUUUCAUGCAGGGCAGUAACUUUGUGUCGGGGGCUACCUUUGCACAAGAAUCGCAUCCGGGAUUGGUGUUGGGCGUCAUUGAACGAGAUGAAGUCGUCUACGAGGCAUUGCGACAAGGCAAACUCGUGGCGACAUUGGAUCAACAGCAUUAUUUGCGUGGAUACUUGCCUGUGGCAUUGCUCACGUGGCUGCGACAAACGCGACAACAACUAUCGACCCAAUUUCUGCCCACGGGUCCCAUUGUAGUGAGAGAUGCGCCUGGACCUGGUGAGACUAUUUGCCGAGAACAGUUCUUUCCCGUCUGCCCGGAAUAUCAGGAAAAGAAUCAUCUCGGACGUGGGAUUCGAGGAGUGGGAUACUGUAUCUAUGCCUUUAUUCUCGUCGUGGCAGGCGGGUUGAUGUACUGGGUUCAUGUCAAUCGAGAUGAACGGAUUGUCAAGGCAUCCCAACCAGAGUUCCUGAUUGCCAUUUGUUUUGGAUGUGUCGUCUUGGCGUCGGCUAUUAUUCCCAUGAGCUUGGACGAUGGCGUUCUGGAAGAGGAUGGAGGGUGUGUGGGCUGUACCUGUGCAGGUUGCGAUGUAGCCUGCAUGUCGUCCCCAUGGCUCUAUGCAAUGGGUUUCGUAAUCAUCUUUGCCUCUCUGUUCAGCAAGAUUUGGAGAAUGAAUCGGCUGAUCAGUGGUGCCGCCCAUUUCCGCCGUCUCAAGCUGUCAGCCAGGGACGUGAUCGUUCCAUUGGUUGUGUUGCUGUCUCUUAAUCUCAUCUUUCUUGUGGUUUGGACAGCAGUCGAUCCCAUGUAUUGGGAACGGGGACGACGAUGCGGUGCGGAUGAAUUCACUUCCUAUGGGGUUUGUAGAAUCGGCAAAACGAAAGUUUCCGUUGUCAUGGGCUUGCUUGUCAUCCUGGUCGAUUCGUUGGCCCUCUUCAUGGCCAAUUACCAGGCCUACAAGGCACGGAACUUUAGCACAGAGUAUAGCGAGUCCAAGUACAUUGCUUUGGCUAUGAUGUGUAUCCUUCAAGUUCUUAUGGUUGGGGUUCCCUUGAGCUUUCUGGUGACUGACAGUCCACCGGCGUGGUUCUUGAUACGUGUAUUCAUUGCGGCCAUUGUCACGUUGUCCGUACUCUUGUUGAUGUUCAUCCCAAAGAUUCAGAAGCUCAGAGAAGCUACGGAGAAGAAACGACAAUCCCUGAAACGGCGAGAAGAGGCGGCUCAGAAUGCAUAUCUACAAGGAGUACCGGGCGAGGACAUUGAAAGAGUUUCCAAUGGUUCCGUAAGAAGCGUUUCGAGCUCGAUGUCCAGUUCCAGUCAAAGGUCCGGGCUCAAGAUUCGGAAAAGGAUGGUUAGCUUGGCUCGACUUAGUUGGCAGCCUGAGGAGCUCGUCGCCGCGGGCUUGGCUCGUUUUGGUCGGAAACAGGAGAAUAGCACCACCAAAUCUCCCACGGUAGACGAAACCCUUCGAGCAUACCAGUCGGGCGCGACAGGCGACACGCAUCGUGUUGCAUCGAGCAUAACUAUUGAUGGAAUUGGAUCCCAACACAACCGCAGCAAUCCACACCUUUUGGGCGAUAUCAACGAGAGUGAUGAUGAUGUUGUUAAAUCCGAUUCGGACGGCGACGACGACAACGACGACAAGGCAGAGGAAGAAGACUACAGAGAUGAAGGAGAGGGCUUGCGCCUUUCUGUGUCCAACCGAGCAAUGGUCCCUCUUGCCGACAACGACGACACAGCGGGUGGCGAUCGGGACGGUUUGCGUGUUUCUGUCACCAAGGACGCGGCUCCAGAUAUGUUCCUUGCCCAGGACGUUGACAACGAACAACCCACCGUGCCCCAUCAAACUCAAGAAGACUCAUCGCAGGGUUCAAAGAGGCCCCUGGCCCGCGAUGGCGGCAUGGACGGUCUUGAUGACGGUCAUGUUCCGAGGGAAACAGCGCCCCUCGUUGUCGACACGGGCAAUACGAUUGAAGAGAGUAGUGAUGAUCACCGCCCGCACUCAUCAUCAGACGUCGUCAUGAUUGUUGACGAAUCAAAGGAUGUGUCGACGUUGAUCGACACCGGUACUGGAGGGGUUUCCAUUCUUGAUGGAACUCCUGCCACCAAUGGCGAACAUGGAGUGAAAGACGACGUUGAUACGGACGACGACGAGAACUAG